AAAAGAAUUAAAAGACUUUUCUUUGUUCACUGUUCUGCUCAAUGCGACUUAACUUCGAGUGUAAUCGUCUCUCUCUCUCUCGAUCUCGAUCAAUGUCAUUGAUGCAAGCUUUUCACCAAAUCGAACAUUGCAGAAGAACAAAGACUUCUUCCUCGCUGUCAUACCCUUACUCAAAGUUUCCAUCUUUGUCCUAAAAUCAACUUGUCGGAACUCGCAAGCUCGUGUCUUUUUUUUUUCCUUUUCCUUCCGACCAAAGACUUCUUCUUCUUCCUCUGUUAAUGUCACUAUGAAAACACUAAAUCUCCUUCCUUUGAUCUUCUUCUCCUCUCUUCUCUCCUCUUCCCCAGUAACACUCGCUGCCUUCUCGGAGUUAGGCUACUCAACCGUGUACGAAUCUUCACCGGCAUCAUUCGGCGAGUACAACGAAGCCCAACCCUCCCCGAAGAUCAGCUACGAUCGGCUCAUCGAGGUACGAAGAAACUGCAAAUCAGUCUUAUCCUCAGCCUCCGAGCUAAACAUCGACUCAAUCUCCCGAGAUCUCCGCAAAGCCAAGAAAAGCCUCUCCUUUCGCAACGGAGACUGGUCGCAACCCCCCGGCGGCGACUCUCCGAUCCUCCCCUUCCGCUCAACCAACACAUCAUCAUCACCAACAACAAAGCCUCUGAACCUCGUCUCCUUCCGCGUAACAGAUCUAGAUCUCCCGCACCGAACCAAGAGAUACGUCGGCGUCAACGGCGUCCUCCUCUUAGCGAUCUCGACGUUCGACGAUCUAGCCUCGAGAGGAGCGCGCGAGUUCGAGCUCUGGCCGAGUCACACUCAGCUUAAAAUCAAUGUCCAAGGAGUCUACGUUGAGAACGGUAACGAUGGAGAACGUGUCUUGUGUAUGCUCGGGGAGACAAUGCUCCCUUCUCGCGACGCCGAGUCUCCUUCCGAUCCGUGGAAAUGGGUUAAGGAGCACGAGGCUCCUCCGCUUCUCCAAGAUGAUCAGAUCCGACUCAUUCUUCGUUACCCGAAAGCAUUCACGUUGACCACAAGGGUGAUCCAAGGAGAGGUUAAGAGUCUUAACCAGAAACCUAACCUAAAGUUCUUCGACAAGAUCAGUAUCUCCUCUCAGUUAAGUAAUUCAGCUCAAUACAGCUUCGUCUCUGAUGAGUUAGUAUCAAAGGCUUGUGCAAAUGGAACCAUUAGUACUAUUACUGGAAUUGAUGUCUAUAAAGGGAAAGGCUUUUGCAAUCUUCUUCAAAGAGUUAGUUAUAACGCGCCUUUCGCAGUCCUACCUAACUGGAAAUGCAACGGCACCGAUGAGUUCUGCAGGAAGUUAGGUCCUUUCGCGUCCGAUGGAGACAUCAAAUCAACAGACGGCGGAUUUAAAGACGUGAGCCUUUAUAUGAAAAACAUACACUGCGAAGAAGAAACUGCAGCUAAGUCUCACGCCAAUGCUGUGACGAAAGUCUCUGCCGUGUUCCGCGCGGUUCACCCUAGUGAGAAUCUUUACCUCUCGGGGAGGAGGUCGGGGCUUGACAACAUGACUGUUACAGCCGAAGGGGUUUGGACGCCGUCGAGCGGGCAGUUAUGUAUGGUUGCUUGUAGGCGUGGGGAGGCAGACGGAUGCAACGCUCGUGUUUGUUUGUAUAUUCCGACGACGUUUUCCAUACGGCAGAGGAGUAUACUCGUUGGGACGUUCUCUUGUCUCAACACGGAGAAGAAUCUGACUCUGUCUUUCUCUCCUUUAUCGUUUGAGAAGUUAGUGGAGCCUAUGGAUAUGCAGAACUACUUCCAGUCUUCUUCCGUUACGCAUCCGUCUUACAGCUACUCGAAGACGGACGAAGCUGGGAGCAUCCUCGAGAGGAACCAGGAGUUCUCUUUCACUACUAUUAUCAAGAAGUCGGUGAUGAAGUUUCCGAAGCUGGAAGACUCCGAUGACUCUCUUUCGAGUCUGUCUCUUCUUGCUGAGGAUCUGACAUUCCAUACGCCUGCUUUCACCGAGAAGAAGACAUUGAUGACAAACUUUGGGAUGGAUGUUCUCUCUCUUGGUCCGUUGUUUGGACUCUUCUGGAGGAGUUCUAAUGCCUCCAUUGACGAGCAAACUCCUUACAAGACAAAAGAUCAGUACACUGAGAAGCAGCUUCUUCUGAAUGUUUCAGCUCAAAUCUCACUCACAAGUGGUAACUUCUCUAAGAUCUUCUUAGAAGGUCUGUACGACGAGCAUACAGGUAGAAUGUAUCUUGUGGGAUGCAGAGACGUGAGAGCCUCAUGGGAAGUCUUGUCCGCUAGCGGCGAUCUUGAAUCCGGGCUAGACUGUUUGAUGUACGUGGUGGUUUCUUAUCCUCCCAUUAAGUCGAGAUGGUUAGCUGAUCCGACGGCUAAGGUUUCGAUAUCCAGCAGAAGACCGGACGAUGAUCCUCUCUACUUCAAACCGCUGAAGCUUAAGACAACGCCGAUUUUCUACAGAAGACAGCGUGAGGACAUUCUUUCGCGUGCAGGCGUUGAAGGGAUCCUCAGGGUUCUCACGCUUACCUUCUCUAUUGGUUGCAUCGCUAGCCAGCUGUUUUACUUCGGAACCAGUCCAGAUUCGGUUCCUUUCGUUUCGCUUGUGAUGCUUGGAGUUCAAGCUAUUGGUUACAGCUUGCCGUUGAUCACUGGCGCAGAAGCUCUCUUUAAAAGAAAAGCAUCAGCUUCAGGAACGGCCUAUGAAACGCCGUCGUAUGAUCUACAGAGGAGUCAGUGGUUUAAUGUGAUUGACUACACUGUGAAGCUCCUUGUGAUGGUUUGCUUUCUACUAACGCUAAGGCUUUGUCAGAAAGUGUGGAAGUCUCGUGUCAGGCUCCUCACUAGAGCAACACCUCAAGAACCGCAUAAAGUUCCAAGUGAUGGGCGUGUGCUUCUGGUUUCCUUGUUCUUACACGCGCUAGGUUACAUACUAGCUUUGGCUCUUCAUCCAGCGAGGACAGAGAGGUUUACUCAAGUGUAUGGAAGCUACACGCCUGGUGCUACAAACUGGUGGCAAACCGAAACAGAGGAGUACAUUGGUUUGGUUCAAGACUUCUUCUUGCUUCCUCAGGUGUUUGCUAACUUUAUAUGGCAGAUUGAUUCAAAGCAGCCGCUAAGGAAGCUGUAUUACUUGGGGAUCACGCUAGUGAGGCUUUUCCCUCACGUCUAUGACUACUUCGUUGGCUCUGUUCCUGAUCCUUACUUCAUUGGAGAAGAACACGAGUUUGUUAAUCCAAAUCUCGAUUUCUUCUCCAAGUUUGGGGAUGUUGCUAUACCAGUUACCGCGAUUAUGCUUGCAGUUGUUGUGUUUGUUCAGCAGAGAUGGGACUAUGACAAGCUGUCUCAGGCUUUAAGCUUUGGUCGGUUUAGGAUUCUCCCUUCUAGAUCUGUUAAGUACGAGAGAGUAAUGUCUGAAUCAGAGAUGGUUUCUAGAGUCUCUGUCAAUGGAAACCACAGUGAUGAAGAAUGAGUUAUUUUCUUCUUCUUGAUGUUGUUGUGCUAAUAUUGAUGUCUUGAUUGAUUCCAUACCAAGUAAUGGAUUAUGUCCUUGUGACCUACCAUGUAACUACUGUUUUAAAAAGAUUUUUGAUGUUUCAAUAUGUAAAUGUUUUCAUA